AUGGCGUCCCUGCAAGACCGCCUGCAAGCCGCGUCCGAGUUCCUGCUGCAAUCUCCACCUGGUGAAGGUCAGUCCAACGCGUGGUCUCAGCCCAGAUCGUGUCGCCUACCGAGGCAUUGCACGAGCUGAUCGAUCUUGCUGCAUCUGUUGCGUAGUGAACGACGUCUUUUCCGAUAUCCGCUUGUUGGUCUCGGACGAUAACGCGUUGGAAGCGUCGAUCGUUCCGACCCUGUCGCUCUACAACCGAACCAACUACGUCGCCGUCACUCUCGAACACGACCCUUCGACCUCGUUCCUCCUCACAGAAGGGGGGAGGAUCGUUUCCUCAUCCAACGAUCAAGAAGAAGAACGUUACGUGUGCCCUUCAUCGCAAACGAGUUAUAAGGUCAACCAUCUCCGCCUCAUCGCUUCCGAUCCUCGACCGUUCCCGAUCGAGCACGAGACCCAGGCGAUUCGGGACAAGGUCGCCGAUUUGUUGGCCAAGUUCGUCAAGAAUCAUUACCACGACGCCAAGUCCGAGGUUGUCGUUUUGGACGACGGGAAUUUCCCGGCGCGGCUGGUUGAGGAGGAGAUCGAGGAACCCAAGUUGGCUACCGUAGAGGACACCAAGGUCGAUGAAGACGCUAAAAUUGAUGAAGAAGAAGGCUCCGAAACGAUUGAAGGAAAGGAAGGAACGGAAGGCGAAGUAGAGCCUUCCAGCACGGCAUCGGCAUCGACAGAAGAGGACCCGGCUCCGGCUUCGCCGAUUCAAGUUGACGACGAACCCACACCAGCUGCUGCGCUUGAAGACCCUACAGAGCAGUCCACCGAACCAAAGCCCAAGGUAUUGCACCCUCGUACUUCCCGCAUAUUUGCGCUGUACUUUGUCGGUAACAAGUACAACCCUUCCAACUAUUGGUCAGUCCCGUUUCCGGCGCAUCUAGUUUCUCCUAUGUGGGCUGGAGCUGAUACGACUCUGACUUUGAAUGGUUGCAGGACGGGUCGAUGGCGAUCGGUGUACACCGUUGAUUUCGCGAAACGAUCCGUCGAAGCCAAAGCCGAGAUCAACGUUCACUAUUUUGAACAAGGUCCGUACCUCGGUACUCCACCUCUCGUGCGAAACAAUGCCCCCCUCCUAACGUUUUUUUCCUCCUGCUCAUCUAUUCUCUCAAAUCAGGCAACGUACAACUAUCAACCCUGCUCACCUCCACCCUACCACUCCGUACCUCGAACCCUUCCCCCGAAUCCUUGAUCGCGUUACUCAAAUCUUCCGAAACGACUUUCUCGUCCCAAUUGGCCGACGCGUUCGAAUCCUUCUCCGAAGAGGGGUUCAAGGGUUUACGAAGGGCUUUACCGAAGAAUAAGUGUAAGAUGGAGUGGGAGAAGGUAGGGCAUUACAAGUUGGGGAGGGAGAUGGGAGGAGGAACGACGGAGGGUUGA